AUGAGGGAGAUUGUGCAUAUUCAGGCAGGUCAAUGCGGGAAUCAAAUUGGUGCAAAGUUCUGGGAAGUAAUAUCAGAUGAGCAUGGAAUUGAUCCCACCGGCACUUACCAUGGUGAUUCUGAUCUACAAUUGGAACGUAUUAACGUAUACUAUAAUGAAGCGACAGGUGGUAGAUACGUUCCUCGUGCAAUCCUUGUUGAUCUCGAACCAGGAACCAUGGACAGCGUAAGAGCAGGGCCUUUUGGUCAACUCUUCAGACCGGACAACUUUGUGUUUGGACAAAGUGGUGCCGGUAACAACUGGGCAAAAGGACACUACACCGAGGGAGCCGAGCUUGUUGACUCAGUUCUUGAUGUUGUUCGGAAAGAGGCGGAAUCCUGUGAUUGUCUACAGGGAUUUCAAUUGACACACUCUCUUGGCGGUGGAACAGGCUCUGGAAUGGGAACAUUAAUGAUUUCUAAAAUUCGAGAAGAAUAUGCCGAUCGAAUAAUGAAUACAUUUUCAGUGGUCCCUUCUCCAAAGGUGUCCGAUACUGUAGUAGAACCCUACAAUGCAACACUAUCAGUACAUCAAUUGGUUGAAAAUACCGAUGAAACUUACUGUAUUGAUAACGAGGCUCUCUAUGAUAUCUGCUUUAGAACUCUGAAACUCCAAACACCCACUUAUGGUGACCUCAAUCAUCUAGUUAGUGCAACAAUGUCGGGUGUCACAACUUGUCUACGUUUUCCCGGUCAAUUAAACGCGGAUCUCCGUAAACUAGCCGUUAACAUGGUGCCGUUCCCAAGGCUUCACUUUUUCAUGUCGGGUUUUGCACCACUUACAAGUAGAGGAAGUCAACAAUAUCGCGCUUUGACUGUACCCGAAUUGACUCAACAAAUGUUCGACGCGAAAAAUAUGAUGGCAGCCUGCGACCCAAGACACGGGCGGUAUCUCACCGUAGCUGCAAUUUUCCGCGGCAGAAUGUCCAUGAAAGAAGUAGAUGAACAGAUGCUGAAUGUGCAGAAUAAGAACUCCAGUUACUUUGUUGAAUGGAUACCAAAUAAUGUAAAGACUGCUGUCUGCGAUAUUCCCCCCCGUGGACUCAAGAUGGCAGCUACUUUUAUUGGAAAUAGUACUGCGAUUCAAGAGUUAUUCAGACGUGUUAGUGAUCAAUUCACUGCCAUGUUCCGCAGAAAGGCCUUCCUCCAUUGGUACACAGGUGAGGGCAUGGAUGAGAUGGAAUUCACCGAAGCGGAAUCGAAUAUGAACGACUUGGUUAGUGAAUAUCAGCAGUACCAGGAAGCAACAGCUGAAGAAGAGGGCGAGUUUGAUGAGGAAGAGGAGGAAGCUUAA